UGCAUGGAGAAGGACUUUGCUUAUUGGUUUCUUCCAAAGGAGGAUAUUGGCAUUUGUUUUAAAGCUUUUGUCUUACAAAAAUUUCAGACACAAGUAUAUAAAUAAUAAUAUGAGUAUAUAGAAGUUUUAUUUUUUUCUUCUUCUUCCAAUUCAUGAGAGCAUAUGAUAUUGAGAGGUUACCAUAACUACACAUAUCAAAGGAAAAAGGGUUGUGGAGUCCAUCUCCAUUUGGGUGUGGUGUUGUAUUGUUGUCGUUGUUUUCUUCUGUCCUUUUCCAAUUCGGAUUGUUGUGUUGUGCGUUUCCAUUCACAAAGAUGAACAAUCAUUGUAUCAGAACCACUUUUGCCUUACUGAUAAACAAUAACAAGUGAUGGGCCUCAAACAAUGGUUAACAAAUAGAAACCAACAAAUGAAGGAAGAACCCAAAUUUCAUCCCAAACAAAAUAUAUGUUAAGAAAUACAUACACUCACUUUUUAUAUUUUCGGCAUCUCUAUGAUACACCAUCGAUUUUGAAUGUGUACAACACAACCAACAUCGUUAUUAUCAUUUUGGAUCAUCCAAAACAAUAUCAACCUCCUAUUAUAGAGCAUUUCUACUAUGCUAUAUAGUAUUGGUACUUUAAUGUACAACUUAAAGUUGUACCAUAACAUGAAAUGUAUAAGUUUAGAUUGUACCAUAAAAGAAUUUGUACCAUUAUGUUAUGGUACAACUUUACAACUUGAAGUUGUACCAUCACAUAAAGGUACAAGUUCAAGUUGUACCAUAAAAGAAUUUGUACAAACAGUAUAGGUACAAUCUGAAAUUGUACCAUAACAUAAAUGUACAAUUUUAAGUUGUACCAUAAAGACAAAAACCUAUAACACCAAUACUAUAUAGCAUUGUAAAAUUCCUCCCUAUUAUAUACUAAUGAUCAAUAGAAUAUGUGAAUUUUACAAGAAAAUCAUUUACAAUUCGCUUGUAGUUUAAGUAUUUCUGAAACUUACUUCCUUCGCAAAUUCAUCUAAUAAUCGUCAUAAGAUAAAAUUUCAAGUAAAAUUAAACCUUAAUACCCAAAAUCCAUAAUAUAUGACAAAUGCGCGUAUCAUUUACUCAUUUCAAUAUCUCAAGCCAGAAGUAUCAUACAAUCCGGCAAAAAGCAGAUAACAACAUCAUAAUAUUGAGAAAAUGAUGUAUACAUCCCAGUGUCACUCUCACAGCCAAAGGAUCUUCUAUUUGGAACUUAGCCAUCGUACAUUUACAGUGGCAUCUUCUUCAAAACUUUACCAAAACUACCUGUAUUUUUUUACAGCAGAGUUCAAUCCAAUGUGCCCUACUCUGCCCAGAUGAUACCCCAACACCAUACAUCAUUACAUAACAACGACAAAAUCCAAGCCCCACGAAAACGAUGCAAAGGCAGCAAAAGCAAAGAGAGUGCAGCAGAACAAACUUGUCAAGUCACUUGCAGGGGAGAAAAAGGAAAGAUGGAGAGAUGUUCAGCUCCCCUUUUUAUCAACCCUGUCUUAACCAGGAUUUUGCACCUAACCUGUCGCCAACCAAUCUCUUCUCCUCUACAAAAGCAACCAAAAUACUGUUAGGAUUUCAAGGUCAUUCCAGAAAAGAGAAGCUCAUCAGUAAACCAGGUCUUGAAAAGCAAGGGCAUUCAUAUCCAUUAUAAGUUUCAGAAAGAUUUCAGAGAACAAAACAGUGAUGAGCGCCUAAAAGAGAGCAAAAGCCAGUACACUUACCAAAAACGAUGUCAAGAAAUGGCACUAGGCUCAUUACAGCUUUCCUCUUGUUCCUAAACAUCUUCUCUCUUUACCCUACUGCCAUAACUGCCUUGAACCAAGAAGGGCUCUCCUUACUCUCAUGGCUAUCAACCUUCAACUCUUCUUCUUCCACUUCAAUUUCGUUCUCUUCAUGGGAUCAAAACCACGCCAACCCAUGCAGAUGGGACUACAUCAGAUGUUCAAAUGAUGGGUUUGUCUCAGAAAUCAUAAUCUCGUCCAUUGAUCUUCCCACUAGCUUCCCUAUUCAAGUCCUCUCUUUCACCCACCUCACAAGCCUUGUCCUUUCCAGAGCAAACCUCACUGGAGAAAUCCCGACCUCCAUAGCUAAUCUCUCCUCUCUCGUCGUCUUAGACCUCAGUUACAAUGCUUUGACAGGGAGAAUUCCAGCGGAGGUUGGAAAGCUGCCUCAACUCCAGCUUCUGUCACUGAACUCGAACUCACUGCAGGGUCAAAUACCAGCAGAGAUUGGGAACUGUUCAUCCCUCAGAGAGCUUGAACUCUUUGACAACAAGCUUUCUGGAAAGAUCCCAGUUGAGAUUGGAAAGUUGGCAUCUUUGGAGAAGUUCCGCGCUGGUGGGAACUCGGGGAUAGUAGGAGAAAUUCCGUUUCAGCUAUCCAACUGCAGAAGCCUGGUGUUCUUGGGAUUGGCAGAUACAGGGAUUUCAGGGAGCCUUCCAGGUAGUUUGGGUGAGCUGCAGAAUCUGAAGACGCUUUCAGUCUACACAGCAAGUCUCACCGGUGAGAUUCCAGCUGAAAUUAGCAACUGCUCCGCAUUAGAGAACUUGUUUCUGUAUCAGAACAAACUCACCGGCGAGAUACCUUAUGAAUUGGCUUCGUUGAAGAACUUGAAGAGGCUGCUGUUGUGGCAGAACAAUCUCACCGGCAGCAUUCCACAAGCUCUGGGGAAUCUUUCAGGUCUGGAAGUGAUUGAUCUCUCUAUUAACUCAUUGACAGGAGAAAUCCCUUCAUCGUUUGCCAAUUUGGUAGCUUUAUCAGAGUUCCUUCUAUCCGAGAACGAGAUUUCAGGAAUAAUCCCAUCCUUCAUCGGCAACUUCUCUGGUCUAAAGCAGCUUGAGCUAGAUAACAACUUGUUCUCUGGGGAGGUCCCCUCCACCAUAGGAGAAUUGAGUGAGCUCUCUUUGUUCUACGCCUGGCAGAACAAGUUGCAAGGAGAAAUACCUGAGGAGCUAGCAAACUGCAGAAAACUUGAAGCCUUGGAUCUUUCACACAAUCUCCUAACUGGGUCAGUUCCAAAUUCUCUCUUUCACCUCAAGAACUUGAGCCAGCUGUUAUUGAUAUCAAAUGGGCUUUCAGGGGAGAUUCCGCCAGAUAUUGGCAAUUGCCUUGGUUUGAUCCGAUUACGACUCGGAUCAAACAAUUUCACUGGCAGAAUCCCACCAGAGAUUGGCGUUCUGGGUAGCUUGAGCUUCCUUGAAUUAUCACGCAACAAUUUUGCGGGAAAAAUCCCACCUGAAAUUGGCAACUGCACUCAGCUACAGAUGGUUGACAUGCAUGGGAACAAGCUUCAAGGCAACAUUCCUGCAUCAGUUGACUUUCUCGUCAAUCUAAACAUUCUAGACCUGUCAAGCAACCAGAUAGCUGGGAGAAUACCUCAGAAUAUAGGCCAACUUACAAACUUGAACAAGCUGAUAUUGGGUGGGAACUAUAUUACUGGUACGAUUCCUCACUCACUUGGCCUAUGCCGAGAUCUUCAGUUGUUGGAUUUGAGCAGCAACAGAAUCACAGGUCCAAUCCCUCUUGAGAUUGGUCAGCUGGAAGACCUAGAGAUCCUUCUGAAUUUGAGCUGGAAUUCUCUAUCAGGUCCAGUUCCAGAAACUUUCUCUAACCUCUCAAAGCUUUCCAACUUAGAUCUCUCUCACAACAAGCUCACUGGAACACUUGAUGCACUAGCCAGUCUAGAGAAUCUUGUUUCCUUGAAUGUAUCAUUCAACAGGUUCUCAGGGUUUCUUCCCAACACCAAGCUGUUCCAAGAUCUUCCUCCAUCUGCAUAUACUGGCAACCAAGAUCUCUGCAUUGGAGGAAGAAACAACAACAACACCGAUAAGUGCCCCUUGAGAAGGCCGAAUCAACAUGGCAAGAACUUCAUCACCAGAAACAGAAACCUCAUCAUAUGUGCUCUCUUGGGUUUAGCUCUCACAUUGUUGUUCAUAGUAACAGCAGUAAUUCUGUUCAUCAAAGUGAAUGGAACUUCAUGUAAGAAUAACAGUGAAGAGGAGAACUCGAUCGAGUACUGGGAUUUCACCCCGUUCCAGAAAGUUAAUUUCACAGUCACUGAUAUUGUCACGAGGCUUUCGGAUGCAAAUGUAGUUGGAAAGGGUGGUUCAGGCAUGGUUUACCGUGUGGAGACACCAACUAAACAGGUGGUAGCGGUGAAAAAGCUGUGGCCGAUCAAGAAAGGAGAGGCUGCAACACAAAGAGACUUCUUCUCUGCAGAGGUUAAAGCACUGGGAUCUAUCAGGCAUAAGAACAUUGUGAGACUAUUGGGGUCCUGUAAAAACGGGAAGACCAGACUGCUACUGUUUGACUACAUCAGCAAUGGAAGUUUGGCUGGAUUGCUUCACGAGAGGAAAGAGUUUCUUGAGUGGGAAGCAAGGUAUAACAUUAUCUUGGGUGCAGCUCAUGGUUUGGCUUAUCUUCACCAUGAUUGCACUCCGCCAAUUGUUCACCGUGACGUCAAGGCCAACAAUAUCCUUGUGGGACAGGAUUUCGAAGCUUUUAUAGCAGAUUUUGGACUUGCAAAGCUUAUUGAUUCUGCAGAUUGUGAUUCGAGAGUCUCGAACACGGUAGCAGGUUCUUAUGGAUACAUUGCUCCUGAAUAUGGAUACAGUUUGAGGAUCACAGCAAAGAGCGAUGUUUACAGCUAUGGAGUGGUGCUUCUGGAGAUCCUAACUGGGAAGCAGCCAACGGAUAGCCAAAUUCCUGAAGGAGCCCAUAUUGUGACCUGGGUUAACAAAGAACUGAGAGAGAGGAAAAGGGAGUUCACAACAGUACUAGACCAGCAACUACUUGUUAGAUCAGGUACCCAACUGCAAGAAAUGCUUCAGGUGCUCGGUGUGGCCCUACUUUGUGUCAAUCCUUCACCAGGUGAACGACCCACCAUGAAAGAUGUAACAGCCAUGCUAAUGGAGAUCAAACAGGCAACCGAGACAGAUUCUGACAAGGGAAGUUGCCAUGGCAAGAGAUCAAUCACUAGUCGAAACACAGAACUUCGAUCUUCAAGUUUCUCAAGAUCUUCUGAACCUCUAAUAAGAUCCCCCUAGCUACUAGCUAGAGUACAUAAAAGUUUUGUAGAUUCUUGCAAAUAUAGUUCAUUGAUUAUUUUUUAGACAACGAAUAAUUUGUAAUGAUUUGCUAUACUCUGAACCAGAUGUUCCAUUGAGUCUGUUAUGUAAAAAGAUAUGUGAUCUAAAGGUACUAAAAUGAUUAUAUAGUCGUCUUGGCUAUAGAAAUGGUGCCUUCUAAUCAACGAAUUAGCCAGCUAAUAAGUAGCAAUAAUGCAAAUGGCAAAGUACGGAAGAUGCCAAUAGACAAGGCUGGCUAUGUUAUCAAAAGGAGUUUGCAAGCUGGGGCCAAGAGAAAAAGGAACUGAACUUCUAGCUAUUGGACUGUGCGUUGGAAAAUCUGCUAGAAGAAUAGUGACUCAGACAUACUCAGGAUCCAAUCAGGAUUAAGCCUGAAGAUAUCAGUAAACAGGAGAGUGACCAUUGAUUCCUGCCCAAGAGAACCAACAUUGAUCUUUGUUGGAUGAUAAAGACCUCAUGUUCCAUGUUCAUCGAAGGAUACAAUGCUCCUAGUAAUGUUAGAUCAGACCAUCGCAGGCCCACAGAUAGUAUUAAUGAACACUGUCUUUAAGUCUCACUUCUAAUGGCGAAAACUGAAAGCAACCACUAAGCAAAUUGAUUCUUUCUGACUUGGUAUGCAAGCAAUCUACACAUCAUAACAAGACAUAUGUAGGUUGUUUUAUCUACCAAUCUUACCUCGUUUGCAGAAGAGGAAAUGUAAGCAUUAUGAAGAAACUGUUCUUUUUGGAGGCGCAAGGCUUUGGUCACCUCAGAUAGCUGCUGUCUCAUUGCCAGUAUACCUCUUGGAGUCUGAGAUUUCCAUGUACUAGAGUUGCACCUGCCACAAAUAAGCAGUUAACUCACCCUGUCAGUUUACUCGCAUACAUGUUCACUUGUUUCUUAAGCAGGAACAUACUACCAAAAGGAAAAAGACAUUACCAAAAAUACAACAAGUAAAUGGAAGCUGAAAUUGUACUACCUUACAAGCAUUCAUAUAUCUAAAGUCUAAACAGCUACAAGUUCUUCAUGACACGCUAUCUUGGGUUUUCAAAGUACCAAGCUAUAUAAAUGGCCUAACAUAAAGCAGAAAAGGGAACUCAAUGGAAUGUCAUGAUAAAAAUAUCUAACUGAAAGUAUCACCAGAAAGGAAAACAUGACAGGAUGAAGAGGGGAAGACACAAAAGAGAUGAUAAUACAGUAGAGGGUCCUAAAAGGUCUCUAAACCUAACCAACAAAGAUUAGAUAAAAGAUCUGCCUACUGAUACAUCUAAUAACAUCUGAUAUGGGGUAACCUGAACUGUGAACAUUAUGUACUUUCAUGAUCAAACCUCCCCCAUGAUCAUUGAAUUCGGGUCCCUGCCCACCAUUAAAGCAACCAGCUCCUCACUAGAAAACGAGAAAGCGAACCAGCUACACACCAGAAGAAUCUAAAUUGCAGACAAUCAGUACCUUUUGUGCCUAUUGCAAGAACUACAAUAUGAUUUGCCCAGUUCAUCCGUAAUCUUUACUUUCCUUUUCCCCUUUUCAAAACUUUUCAGAACACUGAAAGUAGAAGCAAGCACAUACCAUAAAACUGCGUAACUACACAUCGCGCACUGCACAUAAAAUUUCCAUAAGGGUCUGUGCUUCGUAGCCAAUGGUAUUACCAUGUAUUGCCCGCCAACCCACUUGCUUGCCAUUCGUAACUGCAGAAGCAAGAAAAUGGCAAUCACAUGUUCACUAUUUCACGAUCAACAAAGACCAAACAUUCGCUGCCAAUAGCUGGAAAGAUGGUACCGAGACGCCUGAAACAGAGUUUGUCCGGUGGCACACAUGAGGCAUUGAAACAGAGUUAGUGUUACAUGAAUCAACUGAAAUCAACUGAAAGACUGUUGAUAUUUCCCUGGAAAAGCAGUGCUUUGGGCCGAAGGAAAUAUACUGAAGGAUGAGCGAGCUUCUGGGCCCUGAAAGACGCCUACAAGUCUAAACUUUGGCCGGCAUCGGGGAAACAUUGGGCUAGACAAUUUAUCGAACACCUGGAAGGCACAACUAGCGGCGGAUUUGGCUUGCGGAACGCAAUUUUGCUAUAUGAUUGUUAGAAAGAGCAACGGUAACUGCAUUAUAUUUUUUUUUAAAUAAAAUAAGUGGGCCUUGGCCUUGGGACUCGGCCCAAAUCUAUUAUGGAAGAAACCCUCUUCCCCCCAGCCCCAAUGAAGUAACAGUGAAUCUGUAGAAGAUAGGAGUACAAAUUAGUGGAAUUGUUCACAAGCGACUCUAUUUUUGGUUCGAAAAUUUUUUGUUUGACACUCGACUCAUUAGUAAAUGAGCUAAAUUUAAUAAUGAGUUGAAUGUUAUACAAGUUUUUUUUUCCGAGCCGAGCUUAUUAAUGAGCAGACGUAAAGCUAUAUCAUAUUCAGCUCACAAGGCUCGUGGACCAACUCAACUAGGUGGCUUAUUGAACUCAACUAGUGAGAUGCCUAGUUAUGAGCUCAUGAGUUGGCUCAUAGUGUGCGAGCCAGCCCGAUUAGCGUCUUAUGAUAAAAUCACUAUAGAUUAUGGAUGACUUGUUGAUAAUUCAUAGGUUUGUUAAAUUAGAUAUAUCUCAAUGCAUAUAAUAUUUAAUACUAUGAGUAUGUGAACAAGAAUGUAUCAUUUAUAAUUUAAAAGAUAAAAUAUGUAUCAGAGAUUUCCUAGACAGUAUACAUUUAUUAUUAAAUAACAUUAUAUGCAAAGUUAAUUUUUAUGAAAUAAAUAAUAUUAUAUAUAAGCUCGAGCCGAAUUCACGAACUAAGUGAUAAUUCAUGAGAGCUUAUUAAUGGCACGAGUCCGAGUCAAGAUCUAGUCAAACACGACCUGAGAUUUCUGUAAAGAACCAAACUCGAACUCAACUCGUUUAUUGACGAGUUUAGCCCGAGUUAGAUCAAAACUCGGCUCUGCUCGGCAAUUUAUUUCUCUAGUUGAAGACAUAAGAAUUUAUUAUUAUUAAUUUCUUACCUUUCUUUCUAGUAGAAAGUGGGACGCUAGAAGAGCGUCUAUGCCUGACGCUUAAGUUAAACAAUUAAUACGAUAUAUAUAAUUAGUUAACUUAGAACCAUGUGUACGUAUAUAAUUAGUUAAGUUAGAACUUAAUGGGGGCAAUUAAUGAAUCAAUUUCGUACCUAGUUAGUUUAGCAAUUAAUACGUACUCCUCUUCCAAGUUCCUCCAAAUAUACUCCAUGGAUCGUA